AUGUUUAGUAAGUUCAAACGAGUCCCCGCUGCAACUCCACCCCCUAAAAGAACCACUCCUUUCCAGAGUUUUAUUCAACUUUUAACUUUCAUAUUCAUGUGUGGUAACUCCACCAUGUUAACCAUUAUAAUUAUAUCUGGUGCUGUUGAAAAUAGAGCCAUUGAAAGAUUAUUUUGGUUGAAAUCCGAUACUAGUGGUAUUCCCAAUGCACCUGAUGUAACUAAAUGGACAUUUUGGGGGAUUAAAUCCGUAGGAAGUAAUGAUUCUAAUUCAUUAUUUUAUGGAUCUAAUAUGGGACCUGCAUAUCCUAUUUCACCAGUAGACAAUUUCCAUACCAGAGAUAAUAUCCCACAUGGAUGUAUAAAACAUCGGAAUGCAAUUUAUUACAUGUCCAGAUGCUCGUUUGCAUUUUUUUGGAUCUCUUUGUCCUUCAUGGGGAUUGGUAACUUAAUCUAUGUGAUGACGUUAUGCUCUUACCAAUUUGCCAAAGUGAAUUUUUUAUUAAUCACCACUGGGUUUGUCUUUAACAUUUGUGCUGCAUGUGUUGGUUCAGCUGCUGCUGUGAUUGCUGAUCGUGCCUUCCAUGGUGCUAAUCGUAAAUCUGAAGUCGGUGCAGCUAUGUUUGGUUUGACAUGGGCCAGUGCAUUAUUGGCCAUUUUCAUCAUGAUUAGUGUCACUUGGCAAUUCUUCCAUGCAAGAUCCAAAUACAAGCAUAAAAAGAAUAGUAGAUAUACUCCAAUCACAUCAACUCCAGAACCAAGUAGAUACUCUACAAUCAACUCCUCUUUGAAUUCUGAAAAAAAUAACAAGAAUUAUUAUAAUUCAAGAAACACAACUCCAGCUCGCCAUGGUAGUUCUACUGUUCAAACCCCAUCAAGCUAUACACCAUCUUUCUUUUCUUCCAACAACUCAUCACCACCAGCAUAUUCCGAGAAAAAGGGACAAACCAAAGUUAGUGUCUAUAGCAUGCGAGACUCCACCUCUGUUUUGGAUCAACCAAUCUCAUAUAAUAUUAGCCCUACUACUCCAUCACAAUCGUUACAAGCCAAUCGACAUGGAUUCAAAGGGAUGAAGUUUUUCAAGAUGAGAAGAAACCAUCAUAGCAUGAGCGAUGAUGAUUACAAUGACAUUUAA